GCAGCCACAGAUCCUGGGUGAGUUUCGCUGCAACAAACACGGUGGUUCAGAGUACCGACAGUGUGCAGAGCAGAGCAAACCAACAGCCUGCUGCACAGGAAGGAGCUAAUACUGACUGAAUUCCUGUUUACUUUACCGAUGUGACACCAGGAGGGAGUGUGUGUCUGUGUCUGUGUGAGUGUGUGAGGGAGAGAGCUGCUGUCUGCUUCAGGAGCCGAGCUGCAGGUGUGUGUAUGGAGUUUAUCUGGAGGAUUUAUACAGCUGGUCAUGGAUUAUUGGUGCCCGUCUUCACCGCUUUGGAUUUAGUUAAGACACUCCACCACCCUGCGCCUCUCUCCGUCUCCCCUGCCUGAGUGCGCCUAGAACAGGCGGAUCCUGUUUCCGUGCUCAGCCUUCUCCCCUUCUAUCCACCUUUCACCUUUAUGGGGAACCAGGUGGAGAAACUAACGCAUUUAAAUUACGCAGAGGUGCCAACGUCGGACCCAAAUGGGUUCGACCCGGAUGAUGAAGGCCCGCGGAUUGGCGUCUCUUAUAUUUUCUCCAAUGACGACGGCGACGAUGACCAGGACGACCAUAUAGACCACUUUUCAUCUGAAAACCGCGCGGUAAAUAAUGAGGAGAAGCCCUUCGACCCGCAGGACGAGCUGGAGUGCGCCAUUUACUACCGGGAGGAGUGCGCUUAUGAGAGGAACACCGGAGACCCAGCGCACUCUGCGGAAAGUCUGCUGAACAACUGCAGACCUGGAGACCUGCUGGAGUUUGUAGCUACAGGACAGUAUCCACACUGGGCUGUUUACGUCGGGGACUUCCAGGUGGUUCAUUUGCACAGAGCGGAAAUAAAGAACAACUUCCUCACUGAUGUGAGUCAGGGCAAAAAAGGCAGGAUAGUGAACGGCCUCUACAGGUAUCGCGCGCUCCCGCCGGAGGUGAUCGUGCGCAACGCCCUGGACCAUGUUGGCUCCAGAGACAGAGAGCUGUACUGGAGGAACUCUGAGUGCUUUGCAGCCUGGUGCCGGUUUGGCAAACGGGAGUUUAAGAUCGGAGGGGAGAUAAGGAUUGGAAAACAGCCAUACAGGUUGAAAUUACUCUUUUCAGAGAAGAAGAGUCACGUCCUGGAGUUUCAGAGCCUGGAGGACGUGAUCAUGGAAAAGAGGAGGAACGAUCACAUUGGCAAAGAUGCUGUCAUGCAGGAGCUUGCCAACCACUUGAACGCAACACAUGAAAUCAAAGAGGAGGAUUAUGUGAAAAGUUAAUGGCUGCUUCAGUCAUCUGGAGCUUACGGUUCAACGAAGAAAUGCACACUUUUCAUGCUUAAAAUCAAAGUAUGUGUGUUGCUGCUGAGGGAUCUUCAUCCCUCCACUCAUCAUGAAGAGCUCCGUGUGUGGGCUUGGAUGCAUGUGCCACACUGCAAACACAAAGUGAAUCUUUAGAGGGAGUUUGAAUUAAUCAUAGAAAUUCUAUUUCUUCUUCAAAAUAAGAGGAAAAGCAUUGUACUUGCACAGCAGAGCACGAGGGUUAAAACAAAGUUCACAAAAGUUAAUUUGCAUCAGAAACGUGAAAAUAGAACACUUCCUCCCUCCUAAGAAAAAUGAGUUUUUGCACUCUCAAGGCAAAAUGAAGUGACUUGUUUUGUUGGAUACAUUUGCUUCGGAGCUGCACCUGCAGUCUAAUCACUUGGGAUUGGAGUCAGAAUUUAAUUGCCCAUGAUUAUCUUUCUAAUCCAAUGAAUCUUUGCACACAGGAGCCAACGCUCUCAAAUGUUCCUCUACCUGAAGAGAGAGCUGAAAGUGCUCGCUCCUGCACAACUCAGGUGUUGUUGGACAUCAAUACAAAGUGGAAGAGACAGGACAUUGUGCUUUUAUUAUCAUGUGUCAACCUUGAGGGUUCCCUUCUGUUGCUUUCUAUCCAACCAUCACACAGCUUUACCCACUCUGUGACUUUUGUGCACACUGUUCUAUGUGCACUUCUUUACAGUUUAUUUUUUGAGAAAAAAAGAUGUUUGUAUGAAGGAAUACGGAAAUAAAUAUAUAUUUGAACAGGAAAGCAUUUUUUUCUUUUCAAAGAAGGAUUGUUGGUGACCUUUGAAAUGAUUUACGUGGAUGUUGGUGCAAUCAGACAUUUCAAACACAUAUAAAGGUAGAAGAGGCUGUUCAGUAUUCUCCAUAAACCCCAUUAAAAACAGUUUGCACUUCACAGAGGAUUUGAAAGCAGCUACACCAC